AAAACAGUCGCGCCGAUAUGUCAAUCCAGACGCGACCCAGACAGACCUCGGCCCGGGGGCCCAGCCGUGAGAGCCGCGCCGUGAUUGGAUGAGCGCCGCCGUCCUUUUGAUACUCGGCCUCCUAUUGGUUGGAGCCGAACGAGACGCUCACGCGCACAAUGUCUACCCGCUUUUGUUAUUGUAGCGAGCGCGAGGAGAGCGGCAGGAUGCGCGGACGGAGACAGCGAGCCUGAUAGUCCGGUAUCGACUCCGAUAGACUCAAAUUAGAUGUUGGAGGGGGAAGGGGACGCGGAUUUCUACCUCUCCGUCCUUGUUCAGAAGACUGCUUUUGCUAUUCUCUAACAAUACGACCGAUGUAGCAGCAGGAUGUCCGUGAACCCUCCCAACAGUAAUGACGCCUGCCUCAGUAUCGUGCACAGUCUCAUGUGCCACAGGCAAGGCGGCGAAAACGAAGGCUUUGCCAAGCGUGCCAUCGAGAGCCUGGUCAAGAAACUGAAGGAGAAGAAGGACGAGCUGGACUCCCUCAUCACCGCCAUCACCACCAACGGAGUCCAUCCAAGCAAGUGCGUGACUAUCCAGAGGACGCUGGACGGACGCCUACAGGUUGCCGGUCGUAAAGGUUUUCCUCAUGUAAUCUACGCACGGUUGUGGCGCUGGCCUGACCUUCACAAGAAUGAGCUCAAGCAUGUGAAAUUCUGCCAGUACGCAUUUGACCUCAAAUACGAUAAUGUCUGUGUCAACCCUUACCAUUAUGAGAGAGUGGUGUCACCAGGAAUCGUUGGGCUCAGUCUUCAAAACACGGGUCCCACUGGCAGACUGAUAAAGGAAGAGUACAGCCACGACUGCAUUCAGAUGGACGUUCCCCCAGGCCUUCCUCCCCAGCAGGACCACCAGGGGGCGAUGAAACUCCCUCCUCCAGACCACUACGGCCAGCCACUGCCUCCUCUACAGUUGCCUUCAGAACCCACCCGCGCACCCCCACCGGUCACCCUUUACUCCAAUAUGCCCCUCUCCCCCACCGCUUCAGGCUCUAUGAUGCCGAUGCAGGGAGGUCAUGGUGAAGGCUUACUACAGAUUGCAUCUCCUCAGGGUCAAGUCAUGACCCCUACACCUCCCCCCUCCACCCCCACACAUGCCCCACAGACCCCUGUCCCACCCCAGCCUCCACCAAACCAGAAUGGCUACAAUAGCUCCAAACACUCCCAGACACAAGGCUCCUUUCACACAACCUGGACAGGCAGCAGCACAGCCUCUUACACUCCUGUAGGACCCCAGCAAAAUGGGCGUGGCCACCAACCUCCUCUCCACCACCCACACUUCUGGUCUCAACAUCACAGUUCAGCGUCUUUCCCUCCUCCAGUCUCCAACCAUCCAGGUCCUGAGUUUUGGUGUUCCAUUUCGUACUUUGAGAUGGACGUGCAGGUGGGGGAGAUGUUUAAAGUCCUGUCCAGCUGUCCGGUGGUGACGAUUGACGGAUAUGUGGACCCCUCAGGAGGUGACCGUUUCUGCCUGGGUCAGCUUAGUAAUGUGCACCGCACAGACGCCAGUGAGCGGGCCAGGUUGCACAUAGGUAAAGGCGUGCAGCUAGAGUGUCGUGGAGAGGGUGACGUAUGGAUGCGCUGCAUGAGCGAUCACGCCGUUUUUGUGCAGAGUUACUACCUGGACAGAGAAGCAGGCCGAGCACCAGGAGAUGCAGUGCACAAAAUCUACCCAGGGGCCUACAUAAAGGUCUUUGACCUCAGGCAGUGCCACAGGCAGAUGCAGCAACAGGCAGCCACGGCGCAGGCGGCAGCUGCAGCGCAGGCCGCAGCAGUGGCAGGGAAUAUUCCAGGACCAGGAAGUGUUGGCGGAAUCGCACCUGCAGUCAGCCUCUCAGCAGCAGCAGGGAUUGGUGUGGAUGACCUCCGGAGGCUGUGCAUCCUGCGCCUGAGCUUCGUGAAGGGCUGGGGACCUGAUUACCCCCGGCAGAGCAUCAAGCACACCCCCUGCUGGGUGGAGGUGCAUUUGCACCGGGCACUGCAGCUGCUAGAUGAGGUGCUGCACACUAUGCCACUGGCAGACCCUGGACCAGCUAACUGAGAGGGAACAAUACACAGAAAACACUCACAACACAGAUACUGGACUCACUACAGUAAGCGUGCGAACCACAUUACAAGCUACAGUGUGGUUUGCGCUUUUAUCAGUCAUUAGAAUCCCAAUGGAAACCACAGAAAUUCACUACUCUAAAAUUCAUGUUUUUGAAAGGUAUUUCAGCGCAUUUUAUUGUUCUAUAGUGUUGCAUUUCUUUUUGGGUGAAUCUCACAAAAACAUAUCUAGGUCAUAUUUCACUCCAAUAUUUUUUUAAUUGUGACAUUGUUUUUAAUUAAUUUCCCCACAAAUUUACAUUAUUAAAAUGUUUCCAAAUGUAUUAUUUUUAAGUUUAUGCAAUGGUGAUUCUGAUGAGAGUACUGCAUAUUUUUAUUUAAAAAUACAGUGAUUUUGUUUUAUUAAAAUCAGUGUAAAUUAAAUGCAGUCCAACAAAUAUGACAAUGUAACUUGUUACAAUGUAACUACAAUGUACAAAUACUUAAUUUAAAUAAUACAAAUAAAUAAAUAUAUAUAAAAUCAUAUAUUAUAUAUCAUGAUUUGUUUUAUAUAUAUAUUUUUAAUGAUAAUUAGAAGGGAUAUGCUUGAUUAUUAUGAAAAUAAUGUCGUAAUGAAGAAAUCUAAAGUAGGUUUCACUUUAAACAAAAUAUCUGUUUCUAUUUCUUUCUAUUGAUUUUAUGGUGAAAUAUGAUCUGGACGUGUUCUUGAUGGGAUUCGUGAGAUUCAUCCAUUCAAAUUAGAUGUAUAUACCUUAGCGCUACAGGUCUACUAAUGAAUGCAAGUUUACACAGGGUUGAUUGCAGAUUAAGUUCAGGGAAAUAGCUUUAUUGUUCAUAUGCCUUUCUAGCUUUGCACAUCAUGCAGUUAUACUAAGAAUAUUAGAGCCUAAUAGUUUUGCAAUACUGGUAUAAAAUGCUUACAAUCUGUCUUUGCAAGAAAUUAAUUUAUGGGUCAGGUUCUGAACAUAAAACAAAGCACGAAAAACUGCCGUUUUUGCAAUGGCCUUGGUUCCGAAAGUAUUUUUGCCAUUCACUUGCUCCAAGAGUUCUGAGCCUUGAACCAAACCAAAUAGCUACAAAAAAGAUGCAUUGUGAAUUUAAAUCAGCUUGCAUACUAUAUAUUUGAAGUUUAUUGCAAAAUAUUUGUUCAAUAUGUUCAAGUAUUACUAGCUUGAGAGUGUAGCGAGAUUGACUCGAAUCUUUGUGGAGAAAAUGAAUGGUGAUUUUACUUGCGGAACCAUUGUGUUGUGCUCUAUUAGACUCUGGUAUCACACACAUACACACAACAUGAUACAAGUGAGGAAGAGACUGUUCAACCUCCAACCAUAAAAACUCAGAAUAUCUUGAGAUCCACGGGUUUGGUAGCACUAAAUGCCUCAGAGCAAAUGUAUAUCGCUAUGUUGGCGCUGGUCACUUCAGGAACCGUUCGAAAGGACCAGCUGAUGUAGAUGCAAACCUGCCUCUGAGAGACAAACUGUACCAGACAGAUAACAGGACAAACUGUCAAAACAAAAUGCUCAUCAUCUCUGUGCUUGUGCUGUGUUCCUCUACAUGUGGACCUCAACUCAGCUAUUACGCGGCUUACUAUCCAGGCAUCUUAUUAGUUAGACUUGCAAUAGCCUUCCAGCUCCUUUAUUUUCAUACCAAAAAAAAAAAAAGAAGAAGAAGAAAAAAAAAACAAGCCUGAAUUGUUCAGCUUUAAAAUGGUGGUAUUAGUAUUGUGACGCAGUUCGGUGUUUGUAACCAAAUCAUUUGCCAUGUGGUGUAACUCACCAAAGCCAGAAUACCUCAUGAUAAUCAAGCAUGAACCCAGUGGAUUUUUCUUUAUGCCAAAAUGUGUCUGGAAUCUUCUACUUUCCGGACGUCAUGCUCACCUCAUACUUUAACCAAAUCAAAACAGGGCGUGUCUUGAACCGAAUGUAGAGCCUUGAUGCACCGACUGACCGAUUUCAAACAACGGGUUUUUGCCAACACCAGUUACUCAGCUUUAUCAUUUAUCUCGCCCAACAACUUUUGUCUGGAUUGUGAGCAAAAUUCAGUCAGUCAGCCCCAUACUACUAUAAACUUUUGCAAACGGGUAGAACAUCUAAACUUCAAACUUUGAACAUUAAACAUUAUUGUUUUGCUGGCUUCCCAAAUUGAAAUGUCUAUAUUUUACUGUACACUUACAGGAAAUUAUGCAUUUAUUGAAAGACCCUUUGUAUUGGUUUAUUUAGUAUGAACAUCCAAUACAAAUGCAAAUCUAAUAAUAAAAGUGGAACCUCAUUAUAGUAUGUUAAAGUCAACAUGAAAUCAACAUUCAUCCUGUUUACUUUUUCCUGAACUUUCCUUCUGUUCAUCGAAGUAUCCUGAAAAUAUGUGUUGAUAUUUUAAAUUACAAUAUUUCACAAAUGUUCUGUUUUUUUACGAAGCCCCAAUGGGGACCUGGUGAUGUAAAAAAUAUAUAUAUAUAUUUCAAUGCUUUUGCAUUUGCUUGUAAAUCUUUUGCACUUUUUUCAUGAAAAUAUUGUUUCUCUGAGAAACUUUGUUCACUCACAAAAGCACUGAAGUAUACACUGUAAAAAAAUCCCUGUAAAAUUUACAGUAAAAAAAUGGCAGCUGUGGAACUUUACCGUAAAAAAUACGGUAGCAACAUUUUAGGUUUUACAGGACAGCGACAGCACUUAGUUUACUGUCUAUUUUACAGUUAAAAAACGUAUAAUUUAAAGGUUUAUACUGUAAUAAUUAUGGUUCAUAACUGUUUAUUUUACACACUGUAAAAAAAUGCUGUUAAAUUUAUGCUUAAAAACCCGGCAGCUGUG